CAUAGUCUACAGUGAACAUGAUAAAGAAGCCUACUCUCGAUCACGUUCGUUGAAUAAUGUUAUCGCAUUCAAUAAUAUAUUGAAAGCAUUAAGGGGAUUAGCUAUUCUCCGCAUUAGAGAUUCGCAUGAACUCUAUUUUUGGACUAAUCCAAGAUGGCGUCAAGAAGGUGGCGAUUGUAUUUCGGAGUGAUUUGUAUGGGGUCACUAUUUAUUGUUUACGUAACGAUGCACUUGACAACAUUGGACGACCAAUACAUCCACACUUCUCCUCGCAAGAGGGCGCCACAUAGAUUGUUUGUGGACUUGGCAGAACCAAAGGCAUUGACGAAAGAAUGGACAAAUCUUACUGUUCACCCCUUCUGUCCGAAUCUCAUGUCAAAACAGAGGCGCAGACGUUAUACGUACGAGGAUAAGAUUCCGAGUCAUGUAUCUUGGACGAGUUUGCUCAAUAUGACCAACCCAAACUUCACGACAUUUCAUAUUGCUGGACGAUCUUCACGAUUUCUGGUCUGCGAUGAGCUCAGAUUGAUCAUCCAAGCCCGAAAUGGGCUAAACGAGAGCAAGACUUACGGGGGAGACUAUUUCCGAGCCAAAAUCUACACCAAAAAUUCCACUUUCCAGGCGAGCUCGACGUCAGACGGCGAAGUUGUCGACCAUGGGAACGGGACGUACAGCGCCCUCUUUACCUUGAAGUGGGCAGGUUUGGUUAACAUUCAGGUUACAUUAGUACAUACAAGUGAAGCCAGUUACGUGUUAAGAAGACUUCAGAAAGAAGAAGCUAUCAGGUCGAGAUACAUAAGUAAAUUUUAUUCCAAAAAUUCGAAGAAAUCCGCGGAGGCGGGCUGCUACAUGGACCUCAAAGUGCUCCAAAAGUCCGAAGCAGUGAAUGGCAGUUGCAACUUCACUGACACGAGGACUGGUACCCCUUGGUUUUGUUUGAAGCCAGAAGGUUUCCCCUGCGACGACUGGUCGAUGCAACAUAUUGUGGAUUAUCAGUCAGUCGUAUCUCCUAUUGAUAAACUUUCAUUCACCUGGAGUAACCGGUUGAUUACUGGAUCUGAUCACACCAUUGUUGUCCAUCAUGAGCCAGGUAAAGAGUCGGUUGUACACAGUGGUGCAUUGGAAAAUCUUUCAUCUUGCAAACCAAAGAUGCAAUUCGGAACACCGGAAGUCGCUGGCUUUUACUGGGGAACGAACUUCCAUUCUGCAGACUGUGCCUUACAGAUGUUUGAUAGAUCACACGCAACCUCACUCCUAAAGAACAAGACCGUCUACUUCUUCGGCGAUUCUACCAUCCGUCAGCUUUUCGAAUUUUACACGAAACUCUUCAAAUUGAAAACCUCACCAAAGUCAAAACGGGACCCAAAAUGGUACGUAGGACCGACAAGGGCCAUAGAUAAGACAAACAAAAUUAGUCUGUACUUCCAGUUUCACGGGCAUCCCAUAGGAAGAGCAACGUGGGCAAAUGUUUCAACCAUACAGUACAUCUCAAAUUUGAUCGAUCGUGUUAAAGGAGGGGAGAACACUAUUUUGGUUUUGACGCUGUGGGCGCACUUUGCUUCCUUCCCUUCUUGGUACUACGAAGCCCGUGUGGAGGACAUGUUGAUGUCCGUACGACGCCUGCAUGAGAGGAGUCCUAGAACUUUAGUCGUCUGGAAAAGCGCAAACACAAGAGAACAUAAAAAAAUUGACCAUUAUAUUAAAAACAGUGACUGGACUGCGAGGGAUCUCGAUAGAAGGAUGAGAAACAAAGUUUUUGCUCAUGAAAAUAUCGGGUUUCUGGAUGCCUGGGACAUGACAAAUGCACAGUUUGAAAAGGAUUAUGUACAUCCAAAGGGUCCGCAUGUCCAAAAUCUCAGCAAUAAACUUUUAUCCUACGUUUCGAAUCAUGACAAAGCUAAUACGUAGAUUUUUCACAUAUCUUCCUAGUAACUAAAAUAUCAAAAUCAUAUUUGACUGAUAUUAUAUUCAUUUCCGUUUAGAUAUAUCUUAUCUGAGUAGGACUGGAAAUGAUGGGGGGGAGGAAAAUUUGUUACAGGUAGUUGCGAAUCCCUGGGAUGAACACUAGAAAAAAAGUCAGUGGUUGAUAAUUAUGAUUUGAAAUAUGUUUACAGAGAGCACAUGAAACAGAGAAGGAGCGGUAGAGAGAAAAUAAAAAGUGAGAAAGAGAGAAAAAAGGGGUAGGAGAUAGCAGAUGUUAUCAUUCGAAGGUCAUGUACAUCCCUACAAAAAUUGAUUUGAAUAAAUAAAUAAAACAAAAUAAAGCAAAGCAUAUAUUUCAUUUAAAUAAUCGAAUGUUAAGUAAAAACGUUCUGAUAUUUCUAAGUUUCGCUUAAUUUCACAAAACAGUUCGAUGCACAUCCUGGGUCCCAUUUCGAUAGAUAGAUAGAUAGAUAAAUGGAUUUUUAAAAAAAAUUAAUGUAUCGCAGUACAAACUGAAAUCAACAUGAAUUACAAAUAAAACGAAUUACAAGACAAACAAUAUACUGUAUUAACAUAGAAAAUCAAAUUAAAUUUUAUAAAGAAUUUUUUUACUAACAAAUGCAUUAUUUCUAUGACAAAUUCACAACAAGCCAAUUAGAAUGAAGGAUUACAGUAGCUUUUUACUGUUAUUACAAAUUUGUUACUAUGGCAAGUUUUAUGAAACGGGCCCCUGGUCAGUAUGCACGUGAGUGAACUGACCACACCAACCAUUCACUAUUUCUUUUACAUUUUAUUACAUGAUUCUGAACUAUUUCAAAAAUUCCCUUUAAAUAAAGUUUGAUUCCUCCCUUAGCACGUAAAAUUGCCAUUGCUGUAAAUGAAUGUGAAUCAAUCAAGAGUUUCUUUUCAUCAAAUCUACAAACGGAAAUAUAGUUUAAUUCAUGCAAUGAAAUUUAAAAGAAAAAGUGAGCGUAUGACAUCAUCGACGCUCUCAUCUGUAUACCACUAAUAUGUGUAUAUUACAAGUUUGUGAAAAAUAAACGAAGUUUUAGAAUAUCGUAACUAUCUUAUUUUCCAUCUGAAUUCGAUGACAUUUAUGACAGCUUUAAGAUAGUUUGAUAUUUAUCUGUUUAUUCAAAUCAACUUUUUGUUAGGGUGGACUUCCCCUUUAACUAGUCUAGAUUGUCUAAUUUGAUUGAUCUCGAUUGGGAUGUCCCCCGAGGAUCAGUUAUUGGCCCGUCUUUAUUUUUAGUACGCUACACACUUCCAGUAUUAUAGACAGUUCAAGCACAUGUACUGUCUUGUGUGAUGUAUUAUCAUGACGCACAACUAAUACGAAAUCCGAUGAAAGAAAAGAAGCAUUCGGAGCGCUUAUGGUGUGUAUCUUCAAAGUGUUUACAUAUGAAUGAGUGGUUAGCAUCACUUUAUAACUAAUUCCCAAAAUAAAGUACUGUAUCUUUUUUCUCACUUGAAGAUCAUGCUACCAAGAACCACCAACAAUCAUUCCGUUUUGGAGAAUAUCAACGUGCAAACGAUGGACUUGUCAUGGGCAUAUACAUCUAUUAAAUAGAUCAAACUUGUGUAAGAUGUUAUAUUGAGUGUCAUGGAUUAUUUCAAAUAAAUGUCAUUCCUAUUCAAGGUCAAAAGUCGUUUGAAAUCAAUGAACUUAUAAUUCUAUAUAUUAGCAAUUAAAUAUGCUUUCCUCUAAUUUCGGAAACAUUAAUUGUAUUGUUUCCAUAUUCCAUGAAGCUUGUGUAAAAGGAGCAUGGACAUGACUAAGGGCCUUUUCACACGUGAAUCUUUAAUCAUUGAAAUGAUGAUUGCAAUUCGUCUUUAAAAUUAUCAGAUCUUUCACACGCUCACUCGAAAACUGUGAUUUGAAUUCGAAUUUCCGAGCGAAGGCGAAAUGUGUCUUUGGUGCCUUGUCAAUCAAAGCACUGUAUCGGAAAUACACAUAACAAUUGUAUUGUGCAUGACAAUUGUAUUACCACGGAAGUCACGGAAUUUCCGUGACGGAAGUGCUUGAAAGGAGACGUAAUCUCCGCCCCAAAAAGAUGUUUUGUAGGUCACGUUUUUCACACUUAAAAUUUGUACCGUAAUCCCGGGGGGGGGGGCACUUCCAUUCACGAGUGGAUACCAUGCGCGACCAUGGGGU